CGGGCCGGGCAUGGUGCGGCGCCGCCGCCGAUGGCGCUGAGGCGGAGCAUGGGGCGGCCGGGGCUCCCGCCGCUGCCUCUGCCGCCGCCGCUGCUGCUGCUGGCGGCUCUGCUGCUCCCGGAGCCCGCGGCCGCAGGUCUGAAGCUCAUGGGAGCCCCAGUGAAGCUGACAGUAUCUCAGGGGCAGCCCGUGAAUCUCAACUGCAGCGUGGAGGGGAUGAAAGAGCCUGAGAUUCAGUGGAUGAAGGAUGGGGCUGUGGUCCAGAGUGUGGAUCAGAUGUACAUCUCAGUCAGUGAGCAGCACUGGAUUGCCUUCCUCAGCCUGAAGUCAGUGGAGCGCUCUGAUGCAGGCCGGUACUGGUGCCAGGUGGAGGAUGGGGGAGAAACCGAGACCUCCCAGCCUGUAUGGCUCACUGUAGAAGGUGUGCCAUUUUUCACUGUGGAGCCAAAAGAUCUGGCAGUGCCACCCAAUGCCUCUUUCCAACUGACUUGUGAGGCUGUGGGUCCACCUGAACCUGUUACCAUUAUCUGGUGGAGAGGAGACACGAAGGUUGGGGAACCCACUCCCUCUCCUUCUGUUUUAAAUGUAACAGGGGUGACCCAGAGCACUGUGUUCUCCUGUGAAGCUCACAAUGGAAAAGGUCUGGCCUCUUCUCGACCAGCCACUGUUCGUCUUCAAGCACUGCCCGCAGCCCCCUUCAACAUCACAGUGACGAAGCUCUCCAGCAGCAAUGCUAGUGUGGCCUGGAUGCCAGGGGCUGACGGCCUGGCCCUGCUCCAGUCCUGUACAGUCCAGGUGAAGCAGGCCCCAGGAGACUGGGAGGUCCUGGCUGUUGUGGUUCCCGUGCCACCCUUUACCUGCUUGGUCCGGGACCUAGCACCUGCCACCAAUUACAGUCUCAGGGUGCGCUGUGCCAAUGCCCUGGGGCCUUCUCCAUAUGCUGACUGGGUGCCCUUCCGGACAAGGGGUCUAGCACCAACCAGUGCUCCCCAGAACCUCCAUGCCAUCCACACAGACUCAGGCCUCAUCCUGGAGUGGGAAGAAGUGAUCCCUGAGGGCCCUUUGGAAGUCCCCCUGGGACCCUAUAAACUGUCCUGGGUUCAAGACAACGGAACCCAGGGUGAGCUGACAGUGGAGGGGACCAGGGCCAACUUGACAGGCUGGGAUCCACAGAAGGACCUGACUGUGCGUGUGUGCAUCUCCAAUGCAAUUGGCUGGGGGCCCUGGAGCCAGCCACUAGUGGUCACUUCUCAUGACCAUGCAGGCCAGCAGGGCCCGCCCCACAGCCGUACCUCCUGGGUGCCCGUGGUCCUGGGUGUGCUGACAGCCCUGGUGACGGCUGCUGCUCUGGCCCUCAUCCUGCUUCGAAAGAGGCGAAAGGAGACACGGUUCGGGCAAGCCUUUGACAGUGUCAUGGCCCGGGGGGAGCCAGCUGUUCAUUUCCGGGCAGCCCGGUCCUUCAACCGAGAAAGGCCUGAGCGCAUUGAGGCCACAUUGGACAGCUUGGGCAUCAGCGAUGAGCUGAAGGACAAACUGGAGGAUGUUCUCAUCCCAGAGCAGCAGUUCACUCUGGGCCGGAUGCUGGGCAAAGGAGAGUUUGGUUCGGUGCGGGAGGCUCAGCUGAAGCAAGACGAUGGCUCCUUUGUGAAAGUGGCUGUAAAGAUGCUUAAGGCGGACAUCAUUGCCUCAAGUGACAUAGAAGAGUUCCUUCGGGAAGCGGCUUGCAUGAAGGAGUUUGACCACCCACACGUGGCCAAGCUUGUUGGGGUGAGCCUCCGGAGCAGGGCCAAAGGCCGUCUCCCCAUCCCCAUGGUCAUCCUCCCCUUCAUGAAGCACGGGGACCUACACGCCUUCCUGCUCGCCUCCCGAAUUGGGGAGAACCCCUUCGUGAGUGCCUGGGGAAGGGGUGGUGGCCAGGAGUUGGAAAGGGGCAAAGACCCGGAAAGAGAGCCUCACUUGAUGGGUAGGGCUGAUUCAGCUGGUUGGGAAAG